AUGAAGUCUGUCUCUGCCUCUAUCGCUUUCGCCCUCCUCGCUGGAGUGGCUAGCGCUGUCGAGUUCACCAACGUUGCUUUCGAUGUUCAGGCUGGCGAGCCUUUUGUCCUGACCUGGCAGGACGGUACUGGUCCUUACCAGAUUCUCUUGAAGAAUGGCCCAUCCACCGACCUCUCGACUGUUUCGACUCUGGUUGCCAGCACCACUGCUGAGCAGGCCACCGUCACUCUGCCAGAGUCGCUGACCUCUGACACCUACGCCUUCGAGAUCAUUGACACUAGCGACGACUCCAACAACUACAGCGUCCAGUUCGUCUUCUCUGGUGCCGCCGCCUCCAGCUCUGUCACAAGCACCACUGCCAGCAGCACCAAGACUACUAGCACUACUGGCACCACCAGCACUACCAGCACCACCUCGACCACCAGCACCACCGGUACUACCUCGACCACCAGCGGCACCGCCUCUACCACUCUUGCUACUACCACCUCGACUACUUCAUCCAAGACCUCUGCAUCUACCACUGCAGCAUCCACCACUGUUGCCAGCACCAACGGAGGAAGUGGCCUUGUCGCUCCCCUCUUCCUUGCUGCCGGUGUCGCUCUGGCUGCUCUGUAA